AGUUUUUUAUUAUUUAAAUAGAUUCNAAAACAUAUCGAGACAGAGUACAAGAACCUCAACCUAUAGAUGAAUAUAACUUUUUAGGUUAUCUUAGCUUUUUAUUUUAUGUUCCUUUGCUUUUUUCAGGGCCAUCAAUGGGCUACAAUGCAUUUAAUUCUUAAUUAAAAAUCCCACAAUAGCAAAUGAAUAGUGCAUAAGUCCUAAAAUAUAUUUUAAGAGUUUAUUUUGUUGAUUUGUUAACUUUUGAAAUUUUUUUACACAUUUGCUAUCCUAACGCUCUUCCAAAAAUCCGUGGUAAUUUUGAAAUUUUGAAAACCUUUUCAGCUUUUGAAUUUCAUGUUAUGGGUUUCACAAAUCUCAUAUUUUUAUGGUACAAAUUUCUCACAAUUUGGAGAAUAGCCAGAGGAUGGGCGUUACUUGAUGGUAUUCUAUGUUCUAAAAUAGGAAUUGAAACACCUGAAAAUAUGAACAGAUGCAUCUAUAACAAUUAUAAUUUCAGCGGUUUUUGGAGAUCUUGGCAUAGAAGUUUCAACUAAUGGCUAAUUAGAUAUAUAUAUGUACCUUUAGGGGGAUCUAAAUAUAAAUCUUUUAAUAUGUGGGCUAUUUUUACAUUUGUUGCUUUAUGGCAUGAUUUUAAAUUGGAUCUUUUACUUUGGGCUUGGAUCAUUUGUUUAGCACUUAUUCCUGAGAUUGCUUUGUAAAAAUAUUUUGACAAAGAAUUCUUCUAUAAAAAACCAUGGUUUUUAUGGUUGUGUAGAUUAGGGGGAGGAUUCUAAAUUGAAAUGAUGUGCUUAGCUAAUCUUAUAGGAUUUGGUAAUGGUCACGAAGGGAUGGAUGUUAUCCUUUAAAAAUUUAUGAGUUGGGAAGGUUUGUUGUGCUUCUUAUUCUAUUGUGUUAUUAGAAAUGGAUUUGCAACAACUAUACAAUUUAGGAUAAGGGAUGAUGAAAAAGCAGAGUCAAAUGAAAAAAACUUUUGA